AUGGCUCCCUACCGAUUGGCAGUUCUCACCUCGAGUGAUCGAUGCAGCGCCGGACUGGCUCAGGACGAGAGUGGUCCACUGCUUGAGUCCUCCAUCGUCGACUGUGGCGAGCUGUACUCGGUGGCUGAGAAGAGAACGGUGCCCGACGACCGACUGACAAUUGAAGCAGUACUGAGAGAGUGGUGCACUCUUCGAAAUGAUAUUGACUGCGUCAUCACCACCGGCGGCACUGGAUUCACUGCCCGAGAUGUCACUCCGGAGGCGACAAAAGCGGUGCUGCAGAAGGAAGCCCCGGGUCUGGUGCACGCCCUGAUGGCGGCAUCACUAAAAGCGACGCCCAUGGCAGCGUUGUCCAGACUGACUGCCGGCAUUUGCAAUCGAACGCUCAUUGUCAACUUUCCGGGAAGUAAGAAGGCAUGUCGAGAGUGCUUUGACGUUCUGAAGCCCUUUCUGAAGCAUGCUAUUGACCAGUUGAGGGAGGAUCGAGGACAAAUUGAUAUGACGCAUUCUGAGCAACUUGCUGUCAAUUUGCCAAAAAGCAAAGUUAAGCUGAUUGCAGUAGCCGACCGGCACCGCCAUUCACCCUAUGAAAUGCUGUCUAUGGACGAUGCUUUUGCCAAAGUUCUCCAGCAGGUAGAGGCGUACUUCAAACAGGAGGGAGGAGAAGACCUGACGACAGUAGUCAGCGCCAAAGAUUUGCACCAAUACUCGGGGUACAUUCUCGCAGAGGAUGUCUUUGCCUCAGUGCCACUUCCUCCCUUCAAUGCCUCCAUCAAGGACGGAUAUGCGGUCAUUGCCGAACAGGGAGACGGCAUUCGAAAGCUGCUGCCAAAAACGAUGGCCACCUCACUGGCCGGCGGGAGUUCAGUGGCCAGAUUGACCGGCCUGCCCGAGUACUGUGUGCGCAUCAACACCGGCGCCGCAGUGCCGGAGGGCGCCAAUGCCGUCGUCCAGGUGGAGGACACUGAACUGGUGGAGCGCACUGAGGACGGCGAAGAGGCGGUCAUUCGGCUGAGCACCGUGCCCAGAGUGGGCCAGGACAUACGACCCAUCGGUUCGGACAUUGCCGCAGACGGGAAACGGCCUCUGCUGCCUCAACACACUCCACUGACGGCCAUUGAGUUGGGUCUGCUCGCCUCCACUGGAGUGCCCUCGGUGCGGCUGUACCGCCGUCCAACAGUGGCCGUCAUGUCCACCGGUGACGAGGUGGUCCUGCCUGGCGACCACCGCCCGCCGCACUGCAUCUGGGACUCGAAUCGAGCCGUGCUCAUGUCACUGCUGCGGCCGCACUACUGCCUCAUCGACCUGGGCAUCGUCCCUGACCGAGUCGAUGAGACCUUCCGAGCAGUGGACCGUGCCCUGGCAGUCGCCGACGUGCUCAUCAGCACCGGGGGCGUCUCCAUGGGCGAGCGCGACCUGGUGAAGCAGGUUCUGAAGGAGGACUUUGGGGCGACCAUCCACUUUGGCAGGGUCAACUUGAAGCCGGGCAAGCCGACCACCUUUGCCAGCUGUACGCACACGGGCAAGUGCAAGUUCAUCUUUGCCCUGCCCGGCAACCCGGUCAGCUGCUUUGUCACGUACCAGGUCUUUGUCAAGCCCACGCUGGACCUGCUCUCAGGAAAGUUGUUUGCCUUGUCUGAAGACAAUCGCUCCCAGGGACUGCUGGCGAUGCACAAGACGGUCAAGUGUCGCCUGAGGCUAGAAAAGCCCUACAAGCUUGAUCCACGUCCUGAGUUUGCUCGCGCUGUUGUUUCAUUUCCAAGAAUGAGCACUUUAUUGGCGACUUCUACAGCGGAGGCAAAUCCACUAGAGCAUUUUCCAACGGCUCGAUUAACUGAAAAUAAUCAAAUCAGCAGUCGUCUGUUGAAUGUCAAAGACGCCAAUGCGCUAAUUCUAUUUCGUUCGGGAAGUGAAAGCGCUGGACAAUUUCUAGAGGACGGCACUCUAGUUGAUGCCAUUUUGCUUUAA